AUGAUUAAUCAUUUCAAAUAUGUUUCUAAUAUUCAGAUUAUUUUAAAACUUCUAAUUUUUUGUUUACAUGCAUACUUUUUUAAAAAAUUAGACAAAGAAAUAUAUAGUUUUUUUUUCUUUCAAUGUUUCUUACUUAAAAAGUUACUUUUUUGGAUUAAUCAAAGUUUUUUUGAUAGUGAAAGAUGUUUAAUAAACAAAAAAAAAUUUAAACUAAGAUCAAUAAUUCUAUUAAUAUUUGUAUCUUUAAUAUCAUUAAUAUGGUAUAAUCUGGUUGGAAUACCAAAUAAAAUUUAUAAAGUUGAUUAUAUAUAUCUUCUUUUAAUUUUUGCUUCUUCAAUUUUUAUUGAGAUAUUAUUUCAUAAUUAUAAGAAAUUAUCCUUUAACGGUUUAUCAAACUUGAGGCAUUCAAUGGAAAAUGACAUACAACUUCUUUGUCAAAAUGGAAUAACUUUUACAAUUUUUUUUUUAAAAUUGUUAACACCACCAUACUCACUUGUUAUUGGUUAUCUAUUAGGCUAUUUUUUACAUUUUUUUAUUUUGAUAAUAUUUAAAAAUGUAUUAAAAGUAUUUUGCCAAAAUUAUACAUAUCAAGAUAACUCAAAAAAUUGGGUAAAAGAAGAAAAAUGUAUAGAUAUUAAUAUUAAUAAUACAUCUAACUAUCAUAUAACAUUUUUUAUUGCAAAAUGUUUAAUUUUAUUAACAAACAACUUUUCAUUAAAUAAUCAAGCAGUAUUAUGUAUAAUUGAAUGUUUUGGAAAUUUAUUGGUUGAGAUAUUAUUUGAACCAACACUUAGAAUUGGAAAAAAAUUUAUAAAUACAUCUUCAUGUAAUUAUAAGAGAAUAAGUGAUGAUGAAGUAGAAAGUUUUAAAAAUGUAUUAAAACCUUUUAUUUUACUUGGUUUAAUAUUAGGUUUAUUUAUAACUCCAUAUUCAUAUUUACUUACUAAACUAAUUGGUGAUGAUUUUUUAAAAUAUAAUCAAGGAGAUAAACUAUUAAUUUUUUAUUUUAAUUAUUUAAUUCUUCUAUCUAUAGACUGUAUUUUAAAAUAUUUUAUUUUGUCUACAUUAAAAAAGAAUGAGAAUAAUAUUUAUAAAAAAUAUUUUUAUCUAAUAUUUGGAAUAAUAGUAAUUAUAUAUUACUUUGCUUACCAAUAUAACAAUAAUAUAGGUUUACUUACUGUUAAUAUAUUUUUAACAUUAAUAAACAUAAUUUUAAGUUUUAAACAAAUAUAUUCAAUUGAAAAAAAAUUUUUAACACCUAUAUCUACAUUUUUGCCGUCAUUAAAUGGUAUAAUAUUAUUAAUUUUUGGAUAUCUUACAACACAAUUAUCAUUUAUUAUUUUUGCAAAAGUUGAUGGAAUAUUAAACAAUCUAACUCAUCUUUCUAUUGGAGGAAUAAUGUUUAUAGUUAUUAUUUUUCAAUUUGUACAAAAUGAAUUUCCUAAAUAUAAUCCUAUAAUAUUUUUUCAAGAAAAACUUCAUUGUCAAUAA